AUGGCGGUGGAGCUCAUCCGGCAGUCCCCAAAUCCACCUGGGAGAAACCACAACCUGCGUAGGGCCAUGUCCCUUCUGGGGCUGGGUGACCAGACCUGGACCUCCACCCGUCCGAGCAAGUGUGGGUACAGCCUGGAUUCACAUGGUGUCUUGUGUUCCUCCUCACGCUACACCUUUGGCACCUGCUGCAUGUGGAUGACCCCCGAGUCCCUGAAGCGGGGAAAUCUCAGCAGCCCCACCAUGUUCCUUCUCUUGGGGUUUCCCAGUGCCUACAGAGCACAGGUGACCCUCUGCUUGUGUCUCUCACUCAUUUACCUGGUGACAGUGCUGGGGAACCUGCUCAUCAUGACCCUUGUCUGGCUGGACUCCCACCUGCACUCCCCCAUGUAUUUCUUCCUGGGCCACCUCUCCUUCCUGGACAUCUGCUACUCUUCCGUCACCCUCCCCAAGAUCCUCAGAGACUCCUUCUCGCCACAGAAGACCAUCUCCUUUGUGGGCUGCAUCAUGCAGAUCUACUUCUUCCUUUGCUUUGGGGCCUCUGAGUGCAUUCUCCUGGCUGCCAUGGCCUGUGAUCGCUACCUGGCCAUCUGCCACCCCCUCCACUACCCAGCGCUCAUGAGCAGGAAGAUGUGCCACUGCUUAGUGGCCAUUUCAUGGCUGAGCGGCUCCUUCUCGUCUCUGAUACAGGCCUUCCUCACAGCCUGCUUGCCCUUCUGUGGGUCCAACAUGAUCAACCACUUGUUCUGUGAGAUACCCUUCUUGCUGAGGGCAUCCUGCAGCCCUAACGCUCCCCUCAACAAGGUCAUCUUGUAUGCUCUGGCUUGGACUAUUGCAAUGGGAUCCUUCCUCCUGACUCUCGUGUCGUACGUUCACAUCAUUGGGGCUGUCCUCCAGAAGGGAGCAGGGAUGCAGAGAGCCUUUGCCACCUGCGCCUCCCACCUGACCGUGGUGUCCCUGUUCUUUGGUGCCGGGGCCAUUGCAUACCUGAUGCCUCACUCCAACCGUGCCAAGGAGAUGGACGAGGUCCUGGCCCUGCUCUACGCCGCUGUGACCCCCAUGCUCAACCCCAUCAUCUACAGCUUGAGGAACAGCGGGAUCAAAGCGUCCAUCAGGAAAGCCCUGCGCAGGGGAGUGUUACAGAUGUCUACCAAGGGUGCAGGCAUGGCCGCUGACAUCCCACAGGCCGCAGGCAUCCCACCCUCCACACGGCAGGGAUGCUGCUCUCGGUGA